UUUCCGACGCAACGAGUGUAGGUAUUGUAAUUGGCAACGAAGACGAUCGCACGGUGUUCAAAGUCGGUUUGGAAUUUUCUUUAUCGGAGUUUCUUCCCGUCCACCUCUGGAAAAGGAAAAUUCAAAUAAAGUUAAAAGGUUAUCUUUGAAUUGCAAUGGAGCAGCUUCAAUUGUUUAACAAUGGCGUUCUGUCUCUCUUUAUUACGAUUACUGUGUGCUCUGUGUGCUGUGAAUGUGAUAAUGAGUCCUUAAAUUAGCCUGUGGAAAAUCUGUACCAGAAACUCAGAAAGUUUCUUCCCCGAGCAGCUCUGAGUAAACUUGGGUGAUUUUGGGUCGGCAUUUAUGGCGGUUCAGAGAAGGACUUAGAAUCAUCGCUCGUGAUUGGAGGUGAUAUUUAAUACGGCGUUCAAUUGGUGAACUGGAAGUUGCUCAACUUUGUUCUUUAGUGGUGCUCGAAGACGAUGGAGACGGAAACGAAACUUCUAAAUCCUCUGUGAGCUUCCUAUGUUUCUUCCACACUAUCCGACGGCGAUGGAAGUUCAAGCUCGCCGGCGAUAUCUGCUUGAGGUAGCUAUAUUAUUGUUCUUAAUUCAGUGUGGGUUAGGUCAGCCGGAAGUUCUGAACUCCAGCACUGAGCGGACGGCGUUACUCAGUCUCCGAUCAUCGUUAGGGUUAAGAGGGAAAGAUUGGGCCAUAAAAGAAAACCCCUGUUCCGCUUGGACCGGAGUUAAGUGCAAAGCCGGACGCGUUGUUGGGAUCACUGUGUCAGGUCUUAGACGAACUCAUAAUGGGCGACUCAGCCCUCGUUUCGCCGUCGAUGCGCUUGCCAAUUUAACCUCCUUGGUCUCGUUUAACGCCUCUGGGUUUUUGCUUCCUGGCUCUAUUCCAGACUGGUUCGGCCAGUCUCUUGUUGCGCUCCAAGUGCUUGAUCUUCGCUCUUCUUCGAUUGUUGGCCCAAUACCUUCCUCUAUUGGCAGCUUAAGUAAGCUCACUAAACUUUAUUUAUCUGAUAACAGUCUUACUGGUAUUAUGCCUUCUGCAUUAGGACAGUUAUUACAGCUAUCUGUUCUUGAUCUCUCGAGAAAUCUGCUCACUGGGUCAAUACCUCCCAGCCUUUCAUCUCUUAAUAAUCUUACCCGGCUUGAACUUGCCUCAAAUUAUUUAUCUGGACCGAUUCCACCCAGUUUAGGUACUCUUAGUAAACUGCAAUCGUUGAAUCUUUCGGACAAUAGUUUGACAUCCUCUGUACCAAGUCAACUGGGCAACCUAUCAGAACUACUGGUGCUUGAUCUCAGCAGGAAUUCACUGACGGGUGCGCUUCCUGUGGAUCUGAGGGGGUUAAGGAGUUUGAAAAUGAUGUAUAUUGGAGAUAAUGGCUUCGAGGGUCCUUUGCCAGAUGGUUUGUUUCCAAGUCUUGCUCAGUUAGAAGUUUUGGUAUUGAGAGGAAAUAAACUUGAUGGCGGUCUACCUGGUGACUUGUUAUCACGACCUAAAUUGUGGUUCCUAGAUGCAUCCAACAACAACUUUACGGGUAACUUGCCAAGUUUUGUUCGAAACACUACUGCUGUGUUCAAUUUCUCAAAUAAUGUUCUGUAUGGUCCUCUACAUUUAUCACCUAAAUUGAAUGGGUCAAUCGAUUUAUCUGGAAACUAUUUCCAAGGUGAUGUAAAGAGUAAAAUCAAGGCUUUUCUUCGUGGAAAUUGCCUGGAUAAGGUGCCAGAUCAAAGAACUCUCGAGGAUUGUAGCCUCUUCUACGCUCAGAGAAGCUUACAUUUUGAUGGUCUUCAAAAGGGGACUCCAGAUGAACUAGAGCGUCAUCCUAAUAACAACAAUCGCUUGAAGUUCAUAAUGGUGGGGAUAUUUGGUGGAUUUGGCCUUGUUAUUGUUUUGGUGCUAAUCCUGGUACUGUUCUUGAAAUUAUUCGGCAAAGGUAAUUCAAAUAAGAGAGGGAAAGCAAAUGUUGGUCCAGUUCCAGAGGGAGACAGCCCUUCACUUCCAAAGGAUCCAGUCUACUUUGCUGGUCUGGGAGAUUCAUUCACUUAUGAGCAGAUGCUUCAGAGUACUGGGAAUUUCAGCAAAGAAAAUAUUAUAAAACAUGGUCACUCUGGAGAUCUCUACAAGGGGUUCCUGGAGGGUGGCCUUCCUGUAGUGAUUAAAAAGGUAAAUUUGCAGUACUUAAAGAAUGAAGCGUACUCUCUGGAACUAGACUUUUUCAGCAAAGUAUCGCAUAUGAGAUUUGUUCCAUUUUUGGGGCACUGCUUCGAGCGUGAGGAUGAGAAGCUCUUGGUGUACAAAUGUAUGCCAAAUGGGGACUUGGCUAAUUGCUUGCAGAAGGUUUCCAGUUCAGAAGAUGAUAAUGUGCAGUCCCUGGAUUGGAUUAUCAGAUUGAAAAUAGCCAUAGGAGCUGCUGAGGCCCUGUCUCACCUGCAUCAUGAGUGUAACCCUCCUCUCGUCCACAGAGAAAUUCAAGCAAGCAGUAUCCUCCUUGAUGACAAAUUUGAAGUGCGUCUUGGAAGCUUGAGUGAGGCCUGUGUCCUUGAAGGGGAUCAUCACCAAAAUGUCUUCACGAGAUUGCGGCGAAAGUCACAAAGCUCUGAACAAUCUUCUUCUGGCUCCUCACCAGCAUCCUGUUCUCAAGACAUUUACUGUUUUGGUAAAGUGUUGCUAGAACUUGUCACAGGAAAGCUUGGUAUCAGCAAAACCGAAGAUGCUACAACAAAGGAGUGGUUGGAACACACCUUACCUAACAUAAGCAUCCAUGAUAAGGAACACGUAACAAAGAUAGUUGAUCCGUCAUUGAUGAUUGAUGACGAUCUUUUGGAAGAGGUAUGGGCAAUGGCGAUUAUCGCCAAGUCGUGCCUGAACCCGAAGCCAUCUAGACGGCCUCUCAUGAGAUACGUCCUCAAAGCGCUGGAAAAUCCUUUGAAAGUAGUCAGGGAUGAAAGCUCCAGCUCUGGAAGGUUGCGAGCGACAUCAUCGCGAAGAUCUUGGAGUGCUGCUUUUCAUGGUAGCUGGGGGCACAGCUCAUCAGAUGUAAAUAGAGAAAGUGGCAGUGGACCGAAACAACCAGGAAGAGUAAGCUCCAAUGAAAUAGUCCCUGAACCAGGAGAAUUUCGAGAUGUUGAAAGGCAAGAUUGAACAUUUUCACGGAGUUUCGUGUUCAUGAUCAAGACUGCUGUAGCUUGCGAAUCAAUGCCGAGUUGAGAGCGCAAGCUCCUAUCCUCAGGCGUGCGUCAGAUCAAGAUAAUCUGGUAUCAUUCAUCUGGGAGAAGGCUGCUGCUCCAAAGCAAAGCUAAGAGCUUUGAGACUGUAAAGCUUGAGUUCUCCUACAAUGGAUUGAUUGCUUUUGGAUUGAAAUGGCAGGAAAUCAGUGGGAAGCUAUUGGUUCAUCCACCUGGUAUGGAACAGAAUGCUUUACCAACUGCCAUUUUGUUUAUGUCAAUAAAUAAGUAAUAAUAGUAAUGGGUGAAAAUCUAUGUUGUAGGGGGAACUUUUAGAAUAAUAUCAGUAGGGAUUUAAGAUUGUAUUUACAGAUUAUUUUUGCUGUUAAUGAAAGAUAUUACCGUUUGUGCAUCAAA